UGCAAGUGAACAGUCGGGCGGGUAGUUGGCCACGUCGUAGUUGUCGUCGUAGAGUCCCCAGUUCCGGCCAGCCCAAAAACAUAAUUUUCUGCCUAUUGUCAGUCGAAGACCAGCAGCAGAAGAAUCACGGCAAUAGCAGCGCAAACGAAUAGGGAAGCCAAGCAACUCAUCAUGGUACAGAUUUCGCAGACGGAGGAGGACAUCAAGAUCUCCAUCGAACUCAAUCGACUGGUGACCCGCAAGCCGGACGUUGUUCUCCUUCCGCAGUAUUUGAAGUUCAACAAUCCACCCAUCUUCUUUGAGCGCCAUCUGGCCCAGGAGAUCGACGAGAUGGCCAGCUUUUGUCGCAUCUUCAAGAACGAAGCCCGCAUUGUGCUGGUGAAAAAGGAGAAGGGUCUCUGGCCUGAGAUGUUUCAGAAGCUGGACAAGGAGGCACUCAUGCAGAAGCGCCUGGAGAUCGCGGACCUGAUCGUGGAGCGCAACAAGAAGCGGGACGAGAAGGCCCUGGAACGCUACGACAACAAGCGACGGGCUGAGAUCGAGAAGGAGAUCAAGCGGGAGACAGCUAUGCGGGACCGGCUGAAGCAGUUCCAGGAGAACUCGGUGCGCGAGGCUCUGGUGGUGGAUGUACGCAAGGAGGCGAAUGCUGCGCCCAAGCCAGAUGUGCUGCAGUAUCCGCCAUCCUCGUCGGCCGCCUGUCGCCUAGCCACGCCCCUCAUGCGCCCGCCCAUGAGCUCCGUUCGUGGCAGCGGACGGAUCAACGUGAGCUUCACCACACAGCACAAGCGGACCACGCCGAAGCGGGAGUCGCAGGCCACCAUGGAGAAGGCGUAUGCCGCCGCCGGCGGACCCAAUGCGAAUGUCCAGUCGCCAAUGGAGAGCCUGGAUGAAUAGGCGUUUCACGUCAAUUAGUGCGUGCGUGUGUGAGACUGUUCUAAGGAUUCCUAUUUUCUUAUUGCAUCGAAUAAAUCUACAGGUGUUUGCUUUAGUUGUAUCAGUA